UCUACGAAAUUAUUAUCUUACGAAAUUUUUAAUUGCUAAUUGUAUUAUAUUUUAAUAUUGCUAUGGCAGAGGUUCUAAAGGAGUGGCUAACACAACGUUUACAGCGGCCCAUAAAAUGGGAGGCUGAAGAAUUUGGUGACAAAAUGAAAAAUGGUCAUAUAAUUGCUUGCGUCCUUCGAAGCUACUAUGUCAUUAAUGAUGACAAGUUAUAUUAUAUACGGGCGAGUGACUUCGUGGAUGAUAUAAAAAAUAACUGGAGGCUUCUGAGGGAGUGGCUACAAGAUAUCGAAUUGAGUUUAACGGAUGCCGAUGUAAGUAAUAUUAUAGAAGGCAGAGGCUCUACUCUGCUACGUCUAUUUUAUCAACUAUUCCUACACUUAGAUAAAAGGGAUCGCACAGAUUUUAUAAGGCGAGAACGAAAAAUGGUUUCACAGUUGGUGGAGAAAAUUGAUCAUAGAUUUAAAGUUGAAAAAGUUGCCGAAGAGAAAGAACCAUUUGUCGAUGAUUUAUCUAGACCAUUAUUAAAUGAGAAAUUAUUUAUAGAAUGGCAAAGGAAAAAAGAAAAGGAAGCCAAAGAUACAUACGAAUUUAUCAGACACAAGUACUCAAAAAUGAUACAAAGUUUGAAGGACAAAGAAUUUUCGACUCAAGAAAAGUAUGCUAGACCAAAAUCCAUUUCAUCGAGAGAUAAAAAAGAUAUGGAAAAGUUUAGUCUCAGACAUCCAUGUAAAUUUCAGAAUUUUACGUAUGAGCAGUUACUUGAAUUAGACAAUCGAUACGUUGAAAGGAAGAAAUCUCUUGUAGAUACAGAUUGGGCAAAUAAUUACAUGGAUAACUUACAUACAAAAAUGCACAAAAAAUCUGAUUCGGAAGAAUUUCAAAAACAGUUAAGAAACGUCAUUAGUAAUUCAUUAUGGGACAUGUCAGUAGCUGAAGAAGAAUCUAAAUUCGAUACACAAUUUGCAAAGAAAGUGAUGAAACUAUCGCAGUUCGAAAAGCAAAUGGGUACACAAAUAAUGGAAACGCGCCAACAAGCUCGAAACUUGGCGAACAAUAGAAUAAUUGGAGAUGCCGAAUUCGUUGAACAAAGAACAAUGCAGUUUAAUCAGUUUCUUGAUAACGUUAAAGAAGAAAUUAAUAUGGGUUUGGUAGAAAUAGAUUUUGAAAAGCAGCGACAAAAUAUGCUCCAUAAAAAGUUAUAUGCCGAAAAGAUUAAACGUAAAAGACAACAUUAUUAUGAGAUAUGUUAUGAAACCGUUUUAUCUAUUGUAGAUUAUGCUACCAAGUUUGCUUAUUUUAGGCGAUUACUUGAAGACGAUAUACCGGAUCAUUUUAUACACCAAUGGAAAGCCUUAUAUUAUAAACGUCAGCCAAUUUUUGAUAUUGUGGAUCCAAUGGAAGAUAUCCUUAAUCAAACGUCGCUAGAAGAAGAGGUAAUACCAGAAGAAGAAGAUAUUGUUAGACUUGAACUUGAUCGACAAGAGGCUUUAAAUGAUAGUGAAUUUACACAAUACCACAAUUAUUUACAUCCUUGGACAUUACAUAACCUUAUUCCAAAUUAUGAAUCAGAAUCCGAAGAAAAAAAGUACGAAGUUUUAGGAAAUUGUAUACUUGGACAUUUAGUAUAUACUUUGCUUGACAUAAAGUAUCCAUACCCACCUCAAAGACCACCUGCAAACUUGCCUCUAUUUUCUACUAAAGCUAUUUUGUGCGGUGUUCCAGAUAGAUCAAUCACACUCGCUAUGCAGACACUUCUUAACACACGACGUAUCCAUGUUGUCAGAAUUGAAGCUGCAAUUAAUUUUUGCCUGCGAACAUUUAAAACAGAAAUGAUUGGUUGCACAGAUAUCGACUUAUCUUUUGAUAAGUUUAUUGCAGUGGCUCAAGAGGAAGAAAGUAAAGAGAUAAUUAAAUUAUUAAAAGCUGAAGAUGAUAUUGCAAUGAAGAGUACAGAAGCAAUAAUGUCUGUAAUCUCGGGACCUAUAUCUGCGAAUGUUAAACAAACACAAACACCUAAAAAAAUACCAGAAGAAGAAAUAACCCUCUCACUUGCAGCUGAGCUUGGGCAGUAUACAUACAAUGCCUUGUACUCAGGAGACUCGUUAACUGAUUAUUUGCUUGCAGCAAUGAUAGUUGAAUAUAUCAAGGAUCAAGAAAAUAUCGACGGAUUUGUUAUUAUUAACUAUCCAAAUAGUUAUCGUGAAACACAAAUACUUGAAGAAACUUUUUCUGGUAAUGCACCUCCUGAUGAAGGAGAUUUAGAUGAUAGAGAUGAAAUAUAUUUAGAAGAGAGUAUUAUUAAACAUCGUAAGGUAGAGACCGACCCUUAUAAAGAAAUAAGAGUAUCAAAAUUGGUUAAAGAUCCGCAUAAAAAAAGAAUGGAAAAACCAUUUGAAAGCUAUUUUACUUGUUAUAUGAAAUUAAAAGAGACCGAAGAUAUUCUUCAAGAAGUUGUUGUUUGGGAACUGACAGAAGAUAAUUCUGAAUUUAUUGAUAGAUUUUAUGCUGCGUUAGGUAUUAAUUACAGUAUGUACUAUGAAGUGAUAGAAAAAGAGCAAUUAGCUCUUAUAUGCAAGUAUAUAAUCGGUGAUUUAACACUUCCAUUAAAAUCAUAUGAAAAUUUGUUUGGUGAGAAUGUUCUAAGCUUACUCGACUUUCCCGCCUCGGAUGACAAACGAACAAAAUCAAAGAUUGUAAAAUCCGAAGUUUUAAAUGAAAAAUCUAAAGAUAGAAUGCGGCGCGGUUCCAAAAUUAGUAAAACCUCUAUUCCGAGUGAAUUACAAGUUGUCAAAGCACCAGAAUCAAAACUGAAUAUCGAAGAUGACAAAAUUAUAUCCCUUCAAAGUGUUCACGAAGAGAGUGAAAUAUUAACAAAGACUACUGUAAGUGUUGAAGAACUUAAAAUCGCUGCUGGUGAGGAAGACUGGGUUUAUGGAGAAAUACCAAUUGCAGAAGGUAUAGGCGUUGCCUUGGCAACAUGUUGGGAGGAAGUAGAAAAGGUUUACAUUCACGAUUUACAGCAACUAUUUUUGGCAAUUCGUCUUCAAAUGAAUUGUUUAGUGCCUUAUAUAAGGUUUAUUAAAGAUAAAAUGCAGCAAAUAAUAACCCUGCCAUCUGGAAAACAGGACUUAGUUUGCGCAUUUCAAAAAGAAUACAAUGAUUUUGAAAAUGAUUGGCGGGACGUUAAUUUGACGAAAAAUGAAUGGCAUUGUAGAGUUAAAGAACUGCAAACUAAAUUAAAUCAAAUAUGUGACGAAAGAAAAUUAUUUGCUGAAAGGCAAAGACAGUCUCUUAUAUGUGAAAACUGGACAUUAGAAGAGCUCACUACAAUGGUGAAUACUUACAUAUCAUGUAUGCAAACAGAAAUAAACAGAUCUAUUUUAACGUUUCAAUCAUUCCAUGAUUUUUACUACGCCAUGUUAAAACGAUUGCCUCCUACUGACCGUCUUUCAUCCAAAGAACUAUCAAAGGUAAUGAGAGAAACAGAUGAAACUUCAGGGAGCAAAAAAGGGGGAGAAGACAAAGUUUUUCGUCAGUUAAAAAACACAUUUCAAGACUUGCAAUUAAGAAAUAUUGAAAUUGAUUAUAGCAAUAAUCCCUUUAACCUCUUUAUAGAAAAUAAUGUGAAGUUCGCUUUAAAAGUGAUAAAGGAAACAAACGAUUCAUAUAGAUCUCUUAUUAGUCGCGAAUACAGUGAAAUUGCUAAAAUAGUACCAGUUGCGAAAAAGAAAGAAGAAAAUGCUUCAACAGAGUCUAUAAACGAAGAAGAAAUAUUUAAACAAAAUGCUCUGAAGUGUAUUGAUGAAUGGACUAUGGCAAUCAACGGGGAAAUGUUUAGAGCAAAUCUACGUAUUCUAGCGUUGCAAUACAAAUGUUUUAGGGACAUGAAAUUAUUCAAUGACAAUAUUUAUAAAGCUUUUACUGAUGUACAAAACGAUAUAAAUAAUUAUUAUAUAAAUGAAAUUAAAUCAGUCGAUCGCCUAUGUAAGUUCCUACAAAUGGCAGUAGAAGCUGGAAAAAGAAUCCCUGACAGAUUAAUUCUAGAAGAUGAUCUAUUCAUCAUAGAUCCGAAUCUUUUACAUUUCCCGCCCGAGGAAUCUUUUGGUGAUUCUGAAAGAUCUCCAAGAGAUUUGAAGAUCGAGACCCAAUUUAAAAUAACACAGCUAAGUAGAUUACGAGGCAUGUUUAAAAUCGUUGCACCAAAAGGAAUUGCUCUACAGCAAGCCUUUAUAUACGUUUUGCAAGAUUUCAUUAUAUUUGGAAAAGAGAGCUGUGAGGGACCCAUGUUUCCUCAGACCUGGAGACAUAUCGAUCCUGAGCAAGUACCGAAACUGGUAUUUCUGAUGUUUGGUGAGACCACGUAUAUUGAUUGGAGAGAUUUCCUCGUCUACUGUCUAAACAUAGGAUUCCCAAGCACAGAAGAACUUUUAAUUUUACGAAAAAAAUUCCGUUGCAAAGACUAUAAUUCAACAGAAUUAAUUAAUAGAAGUGAUUUUGUUAGUCAGAGAUUUUGGUUUGAAUCAGAUGAUGACCAAAAUGACAGUCGUACAAAGUUACGCAAUAAUCUAAUAAAACACUUUCUGUUUGAACUUUAUGAGACAGACGAGGACGUGAUGAAUUAUUCGGCUUUCCUGUUAGGAGUAUCUAAAAAUGCAAACCCUAUCGAAGGGUUUGCCACAGCACUUUCUAUGUCAGUGGGUAAAAGAAUUUGUUUCUCAUUAGACGACUGUGAGGAAGUAAUCUGUAAGCUAAUAAGGGAUAAAAAAUAUAAAGAUGCCUGUCUAGCGUGCGCUCUGAAGUGUACAACGCAAUUUAUGGAAACACUAGUAACAAAUGUGGUCAAUACGUGUGAAGGCACAACAUUGAUAGAGCUGGAGUAUUCGCCUCCACCUAAUGAAGACAAAAAAGGUAAAAAAGUUAAGGGGAGUGGUUCUAAAGCUAAGAAAAUUGAAAGCACCUUGAGUGCCCGCUUUCCUAAAACGCAAAAAAGCCAAGUGAAAAUGGCACAAUCUGCAACUGACGUGAAGACUACAUUUAUAUGUAGGCCUUGUGAGCAAGAAGUUGAGGUUGUGGAGGAGAAACCGCCAGAAAAGGAAGAAGUUGUUGAAGAAGAAAAGGUUGAAAUUCAACCAGACCCUAACUUGGUAUACGCGGUUGGUCAAGAAGUUAUAUGGAACGUAUUGAAGAUAUGUCUUCCAUGGCACUUUGACUUACUACCUGAGCAGAGGGCCACUCCCUAUAUUGAACAGGUAAAAGUCGCUAUGUCUCGGCUAGAAGUCGAUACAGAUAAUAAAAGUAUUUACAUAGCAAAGUUGGUAAACGAACCGAAUGUGUGUAAAAUUCUGCACAAAACCCACAAAUUCACUGCUUUUAAUCUUGAUGACGUAAUUCAAAAGAUUAUUGUCUAACAACAAUAAAAAAAAUC